AUGCCCGCUGCGCCAGCCGCUGCCGCCGCGGCUGUCCACCAGCCAAAGAUUGUCCAGACUGCAUUCAUCCACAAGCUGUACAGCAUGCUUGAAGAUCCCAGCAUCCAGCACCUGAUAUCGUGGUCAGCGAGCGCCGAGAGCUUCGUUAUGUCUCCGUCGGCAGACUUUUCCAAGGUUCUCGCAGACAAUAAGAACCUGUCCGUCAGGGACAGCUCUGGACCUCCUACUCGGCGCGGCAGCAUGGCCCACAUCCUCAACCCGACGGACACAGCCGAGAGGGAUGACGAGGACGAGGAUCCGCGCGGUGACGAUGACCGCAAGCGCAAGCGAAUGCAGUGA